UAACCCUAACCAGCCCGGCGCGCUGCUCGCUCCCGGCGGAGUGGAUACUAGUUAUCUUGACCAGCGCGGCCCCGGCUGGCCCGUCACGAGGGGACGGUGUCUCCAGCCGAGAAGAUGAUGGAAGAGAGCGGGAUUGAGACGACGCCUCCUGCCAGCCCGACUCCUCCUCCUCUGAUGGCGGCGGCGUCGGUGAGCAGCCCGGUGGUCUCCAUCGGUCUGUCCAGCUCCAUGCCCCCCCUGGCGGCCCCCCCUCCUCCGCUCUCCUCGCCCUUCACCAGCGGCUCCAGCUUCCCUCCCUCCGUUGCCCCCUCGCUGCCCCCGCUGGUUUCAUCCGUCGGGGCGGUCGCCCCGCCGCCCGCCGCCCUGUCAGCCCCCCCCUCCGGCCCCCCCGUGUCCAGCUUCUCCAUGAGCGCCGGCUACGACAUCACGCGGGGCCACGCCGGCCGGACCCCCCAGACCCCUCUGAUGCCCACCUUCUCCAGCCCCGCCGCCUCCUCAGGCGUCCUGUCCAACCCCAUGGUGCAGCAGCCGGCCAUGACGGGCGGUCUGGACGCCGGUUCUCCCAUCACGUUCCCCGAGGAGCACGACGACCCCCGGGUGUCCGGAGACGCCGGCGCGGGCGGCGGCGGCGGCGGCGGCGGCCUCUGGGGCUUCUUCAAGGGAGUUGCGGGAAACGCCGUGGUGAAGACGGUUCUGGACAAAACCAAACACUCUGUGGAGUCGAUGAUCACCACGCUGGACCCGGGGAUGGCGCCGUACAUCAAGUCUGGAGGAGACAUUGACGUCGUGGUGGCUUCGGAGAAGGAGUCCAGCGUGGACGCCAUCAGGGACGCCUUCCAGGAGGUGUUUGGGAUGGCCAUGGUGAGCGGAGAGCCCGGUCAGUCCAACAUCGCCCCGCAGCCGGUGGGCUACGCGGCGGGGGUGAAGGGGGCUCAGGAGCGCAUCGACAGCCUGCGUCGGGCUGGUGUGAUCCACGAGAAGCAGCCCGUCGUCUCUCUGGAAAACUUCAUCGCUGAACUUUUCCCUGAUAAGUGGUUCGACAUCGGCUGUCUGAUCCUGGAGGACCCGGGUCACGGCAUCCACAUCGAGGUCUUCACUCAGGCCACGCCCCUGGCGCUGGACCUCAUCCAGCAGGCCCAGACCCUCACCCCUCCGGACUACAGCCUGCGCUGGUCCGGCCUGGUGGUCACCGUGGGGGAGGUCCUGGAGCGCAGCAGGCCCAACGUCAACCGGGCCGACUGGCACCAGGCGCUGACCGGCACCAGCCAGCGCCGCAUGAUCCACAGCGCCGCCACCGCGCUGGCCGGCAUCUACAAGCAGCAGCUUCCUCCCAGGACUGUGUGAGAGCCGGGACCGGCAGGGAGCGGGCCGGACCGGCCCGGACCGGCAGGGACCAGCAGGGACCCGGGCCGCUGGUGGACCAGCGCAGCUCUCCAGACGCCUCUGAGCUCAACGCCAAACGCACAUUUCUGUAAUUAGUGUAACGAUGUGAAGGUUUGCGGCCCCGGGUGUUCACCCAUCCAAUCCUCCUCCUCCUCACUUACUGAUGAAGAAUAAUGUGGGAAUGAUUUUCAACGAAUGAGCAGUGGCGUCCCAGUGGUACAGUAGACGUCCUGACAGACCUGAUCCAGAGCUGUGGAGAGGUGGGUUUGGGAUCAGAAGGUCACAGGUUUGAUUCCCACAGCGGACAGGGAGGAGCAAUGUGGAAGAAUGAAUUUCUCCUAUAAAACAGGCUUAGUUUUGUUAAAUUAAUAAAAAGAAAAGGAUAAACAGGAAGUAGAACUCCACUUCCUGCUCCAGGGUGUCAAACAUAUGGCCUGUGGGCCAGAACCUAUCCGCCAGAGGGAUCGCACCUGUUCCACCAGAUGCUCCGCCUCCGCCGGCUCACAUCUCGUCUCAUUGAAGCACAAAGUCGCCUCAGUUUUUAUAUUUUUUAAAUCAAGAUGAGCUUUUCGGUGUUUUUCAGGAGAAACGGUUUGAAACUCAGACUUCAGUCGUCAGUAAUCUGUUGGUAACGCUGUAGCUAAAGUGUAAUUUGUUGAUUUUACGUAACUGGAGUGUGUGAAUGUGGAAACUUCAGUCAGAAUUGGUGUUCAGCUGGGACCAGAACAUCUGCUGCCAAAUCCAGCCGUCCAGUGGGGCACCAGGGGUCGGGGUCAGAGGUCACUGAGGGGAACUGUUUGUGUGUUUUGUCCUGUAAAUGUGCCUUUUUACUAAAAUAAAUAUAAUCCCCUUUUCCUGU